AUGACGAUGCCACUCAGCCCCCUCUCCAGUGACGAGGAGCAGCAGAAGAUGCUGGGGAACAGUCAGCACCUGUAUCCAGGGGCGGAGGAGGAAGAGGAGGAGGAGGAAGGGGAGGAAGAGGAGGAACUGGAGGAUGAGUAUCAGGAUGAGGAUGGUGAGGAGGAGGAGAAUGGAGAGUUGAAUGGAGAGGAAGAAGAGGAGGAUGAUGAAGAGGAGGUCAGGAGAUCAGGAGGGAGGGCAGAAGGGCGUCAACAAAAAGCCACUGGGCGAUCGGUGAGAGUUACCAAUCCGGGGCACACGACCAAUCCUUAUUCGUCAAAUCCUGGCCCCACCCAUCAACUGGCAGCCAAUCAGCAGCAGCAGAAGAAGCUGAGGAGAGGAUCAAGCUCCGCCCUCGAUGACGCACACAUCGCCCUGAUGGUGUUCCGUAUUGGCAUUCCUGAUAUCAAACAGACGAAGUGUUUGCGGUUUAACCCCGAGGCGACGGUAUGGAAAGCGAAGCAACAGGUGCUGUGCAGUCUCACCGAGUCUCUGAGAGACGUCCUGAACUAUGGCCUUUUCCAGCCAGCUACAGACGGACAUGACGCCAAGUUCCUGGAGGAGGAGAGGCCACUCCGAGAUUACCCACAAUCCUUUGAGAAAGGAGUGCCUUACCUGGAGUUCCGCUACAAAACCCGAGUGUAUAAACAGACCAACCUCGAUGAGAAGCAACUCGCCAAGCUGCACACGAAGGCCAGUCUGAAGAAGUUCAUGGAGUACAUCCAGUCCAGCAGUGUGGAGAAGGUGGCGAAGCUCCUGGACAAGGGGGUCGACCCCAAUUACCAUGACCCUGAAACAGGAGAGACACCCCUGACGCUGGCUGUACAGUGUGAACCGGUAGCUGGGGAGAUCAUCAGGGUCCUGGUGAUGGGCGGAGCUCACAUCGACUUCAGGGCCAAAGACGGACUCACACCUCUGCAUAAAGCCGUCCGAGCUCAUGCACACACCUCCCUCCUGACUCUGCUGUCUCUGGGAUCGUCUCUGGACUAUAAAGACCGCCGAGGCCUGACGCCGCUGUACCACACGGUGCUGACAGGGGGCGACACGUCCUGCUGCGAAACGCUGCUUUAUCACCGAGCCAAGAUUGGAGUGAGGGACGAGAACGGCUGGGACGAGACACACCAGGCUUGUCAGAAUGGAAACUCGCAGCAUCUGGAACAUCUGCUGUUUUACGGCGCGGACUCUUCGUCCCAGAACGCCUCAGGAAACACCGCCUUACACAUCUGCGCUCUCUACAACAAGGAGAGCUGCGCACGCAUCCUGCUGUACCGCGGAGCAAACAAGGACAUAAAGAACCACAGCGGACAGACGCCGUUUCAGGUGGCUGUGAUGUCGGGACAUUUUGAGCUCGGAGAGAUCAUUAAAAACCAUCGGGAUUCAGAUGUGGUGCCAUUUUUGGAGUCACCAAAGUUCGCGCCCCAGAGGCGGGAGAGUGGUCGCACGCUGGCUCCGCCCUAUCCACACCCAUUCCUACGCGCCAACAGUGACAACAGCAUGAAUGUUCCUGAGUGGCUAGCCUUCCCCAAUGCAGCCACGCCCAACAUCGUCUCUGUGCAGGGUCUGAAACAUGGCGGUACACUGCGCAGCUCCAGCAGUCCCCGGGGAGCCCGAACACGUUCGCCGUCUCGCGGCCGAACAGGAGACAGAGACGACCGCAGCAGACAGAGCCGGAGACAGGGGCCGGGCUCCAUCAGUUCACAGGGUGCAGCUCCGGCUCAGCGAAGGCGUCUGUACAGCGCCGUCCCGGGGCGAGUGUUUGUGGCCACACGCUCACACACAGCGCAGGGCGAGCGUGAGAUCAGCUUCAACAAGGGAGACAAAGUCAAAGUGCUGAGUGUUGGAGAGGGUGGAUACUGGGAGGGGACAGUAAGGGGACGGACCGGUUGGUUCCCCUCUGACUGUGUGGAGGAGGUGGCGGCUCGCAAUCUGGAGCACCGUUCAGACAGCCGUAGUGAGAAGACCAAGAGACUUUUCCGUCAUUACACUGUGGGAUCAUAUGACAGCUUCGAUGCACCCAGUGACUACAUAAUCAAGGAGAAAACUGUGCUCCUGCAGAAAAAAGACAGCGAGGGUUUCGGCUUUGUGCUGAGAGGGGCCAAGGCACAGACACCCAUCGAAGAGUUUACGCCCACCCCAGCCUUUCCAGCACUGCAGUACCUUGAGUCUGUGGACGAGGGAGGCGUGGCCUGGAGGGCUGGUCUACGAAUGGGCGACUUCCUGAUUGAGGUAAACGGUCAGAAUGUGGUGAAAGUCGGCCACAGGCAGGUGGUCAACAUGAUCAGACAAGGCGGAAACAGCCUGAUGGUCAAGGUGGUGAUGGUGACCCGCAAUCCUGAUAUGGAGGAAGGCUCCCGAAAGAAAAUCCCUCAGCAGAGUAAAAGGCUGAGCACUCCGGCCAUCGCACUGCGCUCCAAAUCCAUGACCUCGGAGCUGGAGGAGAUGGUUGACAGAGCUUCAGCCCCCUGGAAAAAAAAAUCAGAGUUUGAAUCCUCACAAGCUACAGAGAAAAAACGGACCGUCUAUCAGAUGGCUUUGAAUAAACUGGAUGAGAUUUUAGCUGCAGCGCAGCAGACCAUCAGCACCAAUGAGACCCCAGUGCCACGAGGCCAAGCAGUGAAGCGUGAGAGAGGCCGGGGCUUUUACAACGAGUCAAACUUUGACCAAUCAGGGAUGGGAAUAACGUCGUCUGGGCCAGGGCUCAGCUAUGACCGUGGCCCAUUUGUGUCUGCCCACGCCCCCCAGCACGGUAUGCUGCGACAGAAGUCCAUCGGGGUUCCUGAGGAGGAGAAGCAAUUCCUCCAUCCUCCAGCCAUGAAGUUUGCACGCAGCCUUUCAGUCCCUGGCCCAGAUGACAUUCCCCCUCCACCAACCACAGCACCCCCUGAUCCCCCUUUCUCCUCAGCACCUCCUAUGGGCUGGAGAGGCAAGCCAUCCCAACAGCCUUCAGUAUCAGUGUCACAGUCUACCUCCACCUCCACCCACUAUCAGCUUUAUUCCCAGUCAUCUCACUACACUCAUGGACCAAGGGACAGGUCCCCUGGACCACCCACAAGCUCUGCAGUUUCUGACCAUGCAACUUCUUAUUCUCAUGCCCAAGCACACCCCUCUGUCCCCAGCAGGACUGCUUCCAGGAAGGUUGUGGGUUACACAGGAGAUUCCACAGGAGCUGGAGGAACAGCAGGGGCAAGGUCAGCUGGUUUGAGAAGAGGCUACAGCAAUGCAGUUCCACCUACUAGUGUGGCUACAGUGAUCCCUCAGCAACAACAGACUACUCAAAGCCAGCAGGCAAGAGUGGAGCGCACAACAGCAGGGACAGCAGCUGCGGGCGGAGUCCAGAAGGCAGGUGUUCGAAGAGGCAAGGGGCCUCUGGUAAAGCAGUCAAAGGUAGAAGACCUACGUUCUGGUCAGGGCACACUAGGAAGUAAAGGUUCAGUGGAAAAGAGCUCUAUUCCUAUCCCAACCAUCAUUGUCAAAGCCCCCUCCACUAGCAGCAGUGGACGCAGUAGCCAAGGAAGCAGUGUUGAGGCUGAUGCGCCCCUUCCAGGAGAAAGUGAAAGCUCCAAAGCCCCACCCAUUGCACCCCCACCUGCCCCCACCAUGCCCCCACCUGAGCCACCAUCAGUCCCUCCACCGCCACCACCCUCACUGCCACCACUCAGACCUCAGGAGAACCUGGAUUUCACUAGCCAGUUUGGUGCUGCCAUUGUGGGAGCAGCCCGCAGGGAUCGUGAGCGCUUCCAUGAAGCUCGACGGAAGAGUGCCUCCUUUUUUCUCUCUGCUGAGGAGGAAUUGGCAGGGAGUACUGGGGUAGCAGGAAUAGGAAGGAGUCAGGCCUCACAGCAGCAGUUGCAGCAGCAACUGAGCUCCCAGCCUACACCUCGCCUGAGACCCUCCAAAUCUAUUGAUGAGGGCAUGUUCUCAGGCGACACAUUCAUUCAACAUGCUCGCAGCAUGCCACCUGCCUUUGGUCUACCCGAAUAUUCCACAUCUGCACCUCUGGGGGACUAUCAGCCGAAGUCUGUACCUGCUGACUUCUAUCUGGGAGCCAGCCGUCAACAGCCACAACAGCAACAGAGUACCACCACCUUCAUCCACCCACUGACAGGGAAAGUUCUAGACCCAUCAUCUCCACUGGGCCUGGCUCUAGCCGCACGGGAGCGUGCCCUAAAGGAUGAUGGACGGAUGCGCAGGGAAAGGGCUGGUGAACAUCACUUCACUCGCCAACUCUCCAGUGUGGGGCCUUUUCCUUCAUCUGCUGCCCCACCAUCAUCACUGCUCUCUCACUCAGCCACUGCAUCUUCCUCUAUGAUCUCUUCUGCUGCUCAAUCCUCCAGCUCUUCCUCAUACCUCGUCACAUCCUCUUCCCUAGCUGCCACCACCACCUCUGCUCGGCCUCCAUCACCCAGGAUCCUUAGAGGAGCAGGGGGAGGUUGGACAGAGGAGACUGGGGAACGUGCUGAGAGAGAGGCUGCAGGAGCUGCACCAUCCAGAGAAGGGCUGCGGGUUCGUUUCUCUGAGGACAAAACAGUCCACACUCACCAUUAUCAGUCUCAGCACUACCAACCUACACAGAAGGAACGAGAGAGAGAGCGGCAGAGGGAACGUUCCCGAGAACGAGAGCGGGAGAGAGAGAAGGAACGAGAGAUGGAAAGAGCUCAGAGCCAGCAGCAACAGCCAUCCACACAGCCGACUACUCAGCAACCCCGAAGACCGUCCUUCUUGAGGAUGGAAAGCGAGGCAGGAACUUACAUCCUCUCACUCACCCCUCCAUCUCCUCCACCUACUGCCAUGACCACACGCACUGCAGCAGGAACAGGGACUGGGGGAGAGGGAGGCAGUGGAAUGGGACUGAUGGUUCUCCCUCCUCCAGCUCCCUCGGUGGAUGCAGAUGAUGAGUUUGUGUUUGCGGAACCUUUGCCACCUCCACUGGAAUUUGCAAACAGCUUUGAUCGCGGAGUAGGUUAUUCGGCUAUAAUUGCUAACAACCUCGCAACCCGGCAGCAACAACACCAUUCAGCACCUCCACCUCCACCUCCUCCACCACCUCCCCCAAAAGAUGCCUUCAUGACUGGCUUCCCUGCUCACACACCCCUGCCCUCUCCACAGGCUGGUGAUUCCACCACCUCCAGUCUCACUUCCUAUGAUAGUGAAGUUGCUAAUUUGACCCAGUCUGCCCCUUCCCCCUCUCCUGCUUCUCCCAACCCUCCCCCAGCUCCUUCACCUUCCACCCUCCAACCUUCUGGACCCCCUCCACCUCCCUCUGUGUCACCACCUCCUCCUCCCUCUUCCUACCACAGACCUUUCAACUUGUCUCAGACUCACCACCUCUAUAACAGCACUCCUGCAACCAGACGUGCCACUUCUCCCACACCACCGCUUAUCACAAUCCCAGCUCCUCCUGCCUAUGGGGGACCUCUUGCUGCUUCUUCCACCCCUGCUACAUCUGUUGCUUUGAGGGGGACUUCCAGCCUCUCCAUGACCGUAACCUGUGCCACAGCAACCACCACCCCCUCCACUACAACUGCUGUUGUUGCUAGCACUGCACCUGCUGUUAGCCUGCACACCCAGCGCAUAGCAACUGUUUCCACAGUGGCCACAGGGAGUGGGAGUAGACGGCCCAGUGCUGAACACCACCCACCACCCACCUCAGCCAUGGCCAAGAGUGGCGAGUCCCAGGAGACCGUGGUGGACUCUGGUAUUGAGGAGCUGGACAGCCGCAGCAGCAGUGACCACCAUCUGGACAGUAUCUUGGCACUUAGCAGUGGGGGAGUCAGAGAAAGGUUGGAGAGAGCAGUGGAAAGUGACAGAACAAGUGGAGCAGAUUUCUUAGAGUCUUACAUGAGCUACCUGGAUGGACAGACUUUCGAAAUGCACAACACUAAAGCAGCAAGCACUGCUUCCACGUAUCCCAAAAUGCAACGGUACAGAGAGGGCAGUCGUGCAUCAGAGCUCAGACGGCAGACUAGCACGGCUCCACCAGCCUAUCACAGACGCCGUGGGGAGGAAGAGCCUGAGGAGGAGGAGCCGGAGGAGGGAGAGGAAGAGGACAUGGGCACUCGAGAUGGUUACAGCAUGAGCGAAGGUAAAGGACUGUCUCGCUCUGCUGUCAUGUAUUUUGAUCGCCCCCGAACGCCUGAGAUGAAGCCUCUUUGGGGUGAUGGGUCAACUAGUGCUACACAGAUAGUGACUGAAAGCGGGGCUCAGUCUGAUGGGACUUAUCUGGAAGGGCGUAAACUGCACCCACCCAUGUCUGGCAUGAAAGCAAGCAUCAUCAGUGAACUGAAUACCAAACUGCAACAAAGGAACAAGGGCAUGGAGAACUGGGGAGCACAGAGAUCACUCAGCAGGCACAGACACAGGUUCUCUGAGGACUCAACAGGCGCCCUGAGCCCUCCAUCAGUACGCUCUCCUUCUCCCUCUCCUCUGGCUCAGCCUGCACUAUCUCCAUCUCCAACAGCUUCCCCCCAUCCUCCUCUCUACCCAAACUGGGCUCGCUCACCUUCCCCACAGCCUCCCGGUGCCCCUUCUCAACCCCCCUCCACUGCCCCUGGCACCACUGUCCGCUCCCAUUCACCCGUCUCGCCUUCAGCCUAUGCGCCCUACCCUACCUCGCCUAAGCACCGCCCUGUUUACCGCUCCAAAGCCCUUGAGUUCCAGUUCAUCCCAAGUAGGGAGUCACGUAAGGUUGAGUCUCAGCGGCGACGAGCACCCAGUCCCCUCAUCUCACCCUCAGAGCGCCCCAAACUGGGUCCCCCGCGCCCUUCUUCCCUCCCUAUCCUUCCUACGACACCACUUUACAGCAGCUUAUAUGACCUCCGUGGUUCCAUCACCCCUCCUUCCCCUGCUAAUCCCCUAGGUGACGCUUACUUCUCUCCAUCCCCUCCUUUGUUUGCUCCUUCUGGAGCACCACCACCACCCAAUUCGUCCCUGGUGGUCUCUCGCUCCCUUUCACCCACCCACUUCCUCUCUGGUUCAUCCUCCCCACCACUCCACUCUAUAGCUCCGCCCACUUGUCUGAGUUACCCUCACUUGCCUCCUCCAUCCCCUUCCAAGCCCUUUGCCUCCAAGCCGCUGCCCUACUGGACCAAGUAUGACGUAGCUGAUUGGCUGGCCUACUUGAACCUGGCUGAGCACAGGGAGCGCUUCCUGGACAAUGAGAUUGAUGGCACGCACCUGCCUUCGCUCACCAAGGAGGACUUCCUGGACCUUGGUGUUACACGUGUGGGCCAUCGCAUGAAUAUAGAGCGAGCGCUCAGGAGGGUGAUGGACAGGUUGUCCUCUAGCCCUUUCCCCAUUUCUGCCCUGUCUCCACGAGAUGGAAGAGCCAGGGAUGAAGGUGGCCGGAGCUGAGAGGACAGACCGAAAGCUAGAAAGACUCUAAGGACAAAGUG